AAAGUUGAUUUACUUUGAGCAUGUUUUGAUAACGGGUACCAGCAGGUGAUUUGUUAAACUCUAUAUUAAUAUUUUUAUUAGAGUAGAAGUGUCCUCACCAUCUGCCCAUUAAAUGAGCACUGUCGACAUAAAAACAACAACUAACAUGCUUAAACCCAAAAACCACUCCUUUUCAAAGGUCGUGUUAUUUCUACUCUCAUUCAUCCCCUUAACACGUCAAUCUAGAACGAUUAAUUGCCGAUAAAUUCCAUGCCAAUUAAAAUAUAUUAAUACAUCCCAACUAUUAGCCCUCGCACGGACGCCCCUAUAAUAAGACAACUCGCCAUUCAUUCACCACUCUUGCCAGCAAUAAGUGUUCAUUCAUUGCAGGAGCCAGCAAAAAGUGUAAUUUAUUUGUCAUUUUUACUAUAAUAAAGGUAAUAACUGAAUUUUUCGAUAUCCUAGGAACAUGGAAGAGAUUAAAAAUAUGAAACUGCCCAAGGCGUUAGUUGAAGAGCUUCGCAAAGCAGAACAACGCUCGACCAUUUCCUGGGAGUCCAGCAACGAGGGGGUCCACGAGAGGGUCAACUUCGAUGACACGAUCUGGGGGCUCAGUCUGGCUGGCGGCUCGUUUUAUAACACCCCUCUUAGAGUUACACAGGUAAAAGAAGGCAGCCGAGCCGAACACGCAGGCAUCCAAGUCGGUGACUUCCUAACUAGCAUCAAUGACAUUGACUCCACGACGCUCACGAUACAGGAGGCCCACGAUAUGAUUCUUGAAUCUGGGUUGCAGAUUAAAUUUGCGUUUUCCGCGCCUGAUGUUGAAGAAACAGUUCACACAGUUUAUCAAGACGUUUUUGAAGACGAAGAAGAGGUGAAACGACGCGUGCAGGAGGUGAAAGCAUCGUACAAACAAGUCGUUUUUAAAGGCGCCAAAACGAACGAUGCGUGGAGUCUGGCGUGGCCGUGCAGCAAAAAACGCGAUAUAAUGUACCGUGAAUCGAACUGUUUUCUGGUCCCCAGUCGCUAUUUGGCGAAGCAUUCGGACAGAAUUUUAAUAAAAAGCAACGGAAUCGGAAAGGAAACAAAACCGGAAAUGGCUCCGACUGUGGAAGUUGAUAACUGAAACUGAAUAAAAGAUUUUCAACA